GAAGAAGAAGAUAAACAUGGCGUCCGUCAGUAGUGAUGAGUGGAGAGCUAUUUGUGACAAAUUUACCAACGCCCAGAAUUUAACCGUUGUAGAAUCACUUAAUGACCCAGACAAUGACCCGUUCCGCUCAAAAUACAAGGCCAGGGAGCUCCUCAGGGAGAUAUACUGCUCGCUGAAGAGUUUUGAGGCCGGGGAAGGUGAGGAGGAGAGCGGCGGAGAGACCGGAGAGAGCGGCGAGAGCGGCGAGAGCGGCGAGCAGCUGCCGGUGGAGGCUCCGGUAGACGGGCAGACUGAGGAGGCGUUCAGUCAGGGCUUCUGCGGAGACUCUCCAGCCGGGCUGCGGGCCGCUAAACUCGGGGCGGUGGAGUACUACCUGGGCGUCAACCAUGUGGACACAGAGGAGCUGUCCGCCGGGCAGGAGCAUCUAAUGAACAGCAUGAAGCUGCUGGGGAGAUGCAGGGUAUCAUCGGAGAAUGUGUCACUGUUUAUCCAUGCCAGGAACCAGUUGGGCAUCCUGUGGGCCGGCCGCGAUGAGACGGAGACCGCUCAGGGAUUUCUUGAAACGGCUGAAUCUAUCUACCAACGUUAUAUGAAAGAGGAUGGAAGUCCACCCACUGACAUGGCAGAUUACUUCAGUACUGAAGAGAACCAGUUGACACAUCAGGAAAGGACCAAGAGGUUUGAGUUGGCCUACACCCAUACCAUGUACUACCUUGCACAAGUCUAUAAAAACCUUGGUGAAACUGAGCGUGCUGCCAUCUACUGCCACAGCACCCUGCAGAGACAGUUAAAGUUAAAUCAGUUCAGUCCUAUGGAGUGGGCUCUGAACGCUGCCACACUAUCGCAGUAUUACAUCACUAAGGGCCGAUACAUGGAAGGCAGACAUUGUCUCUCAGCGGCAACUGUCAUAUCGGGUUUGGCAGGAGAAGUUCCUUCUGAGGCCGCAGCACAGGAGAGUGAGACCGAGAGCGAGCGCAGGGAGCAGCUCAGGCAGAAGAGAGCAGAGAUUGCGAGAUGUUGGAUAAAAUACUGUCUCAACAUUCUGCAAGACUCUAAGAAGCUGCUAGAGGACAGCAUUGGGGAGCUGGAUACAGAUCGUCAAGAAGAAAUGAAGAGAGGGAGGAGACUUGAGGAGGAAGAGGAGGAAAAGGAGAGGAAGAGCGCUAUGCUGUUUGGCUCUGAAGACACCUUUGACUCCAUUGCUAGCCUGGAAGAGAAGGUGCGCUGUUUGUUGCCAAUGGACUUCACCGAGGCCAGAGCCAUAUUUCUGGUGGGACAACAUUACGUCACACAGGCCAAAGACUACUUUCAGAUGGACGGCUAUGUGACGGACCACAUAGAGAUCCUGCAGGAUCACAGUUCUCUGUUCCGAUCCCUGGCUUUCUAUGAAGAGGAUCUGGACCGGCGCUGCAAAAUGCACAAACGAAGAGUUGAUAUGAUGGAACCUGUCUGCAUGGAAUUGAACUCCAAGUACUACCUAAUGAUCCGCAGACAGAUGAUGUUUGAGUUGGCUGAGACCUACAAUGAAAUGAUGGACCUGAAGCUGACGCUAGCCAACAGACAAGAUGAAACAGAAUCUCUUGACAGCCACACCAUUAAGAAAUUUAACAAUCUCUGCUCUGCUUCUGCCAAGUACUUCCAGAUGUUCCUAGACUCUCUGUGUUCUCCGGAGGGGAAGCAGCCGGAGCAUCUGGAGGAGGAGGUGCUCCGACCGGCUCUGGUGGCUCGCUUCAGGGUUGCCCGACUCUACAGCCGGCUGAUCUGUACCUCACCCCCCGGUCAGGUGGAAAACCUUGACAAGUCGCUGGAACACUACAAAUAUGUGGUGGAUUACUGUGACUCCCACCCAGAGGCCGUGGCCACAGUGGAGACGGAGCUGGAGCUGAGUCGGGAGAUGGUCGGCCUGCUCCCUCUCAAAAUCAACCGCAUCAAAGCAAAGAUCCACGCCAACAACUGAAGGACGCCCCCUCUCUCACCUGACUGACCAGUUGUCUACUAAAAGUGUAACAUCUCCCAAAAAAUGAGUCGGUCGAUCUAAAUGUACCACCUUUUACAGUCAGUGGACACUCCCUACAACUAGAGAAACUGGACAGUGAAGGACUUUCUUGCUUAUUCAACCACAUCUUUCUUGGCAGUGUUCAUGCUGCAUUUACAAGACCUUUGAACCCAUCACACACUGUAAAGAUGUGCUCUCCUCUGUGAAGUAACAUUUGAUUUGAACUCAAAUACCACAGUUAAUAUACCCUCUUCAAAAUUAACAUGUAAAUGUCUUCCUCACUAAUUGAGAUCAGUUGAUAAUAAUCAACUAAUAAUAAUUGUUUUGUUUCAUUUUAUUUUACUAUCGUAUGUGACCGAGUUCUGAUUCAUGUUGUUUUCUAUGUUAAACAUGUUUUGUUUUUUUAUCACUCAUUGUCAAGCACUUUAGCACACUGAACUUUUGUUUCUUCAGCUACUAUCUGAUGUUAAAACAAAUGUUAAAGCCUACAGAUACAUGGGUCAGUGUAACCAUGGUAAUAACAAUAGGCAGCCAUCAGUGCAGAUGGGCUUAGACUACUGACAGGUUGUUGUUGUUGCGCCUUAAAACUGAGAAGCUUUUUCUGCAAACUGAGAAACAGUCAUAAAGUGGGCUUAUUCCUGUUGGUUUAUGAGGUAUUAUAAUCUGCAUGUUGUUGCCAGAACCCAGCUUUGACCAGGUGAAAUCUAAUAUAUACUCUUGUAUAUUUCUUUCCUGCCUGUGAUGAAUCACAAUGUUAUCUUGUUUGUUGUACAGCAGAUAAUGUAUGUUAUGGUGAUAAACAAGUAAAGAACUACACUAUAACAAAA